GAUCCCUCCCCUCCCCUCCGCGCCUCGAUCUGGGCCCGACCCAUGCUGGUUUCCCCCCGUUUCGGUGGGGUUUUAGGAGGGUUUUGUGGUCGGGGACGAUGUGGGCACGGAUCGGCGCUCGCUUGUGUGCGGGUGGCGCGGCGGGCGAUCCGGCGCCGUUUGGAGUAGUUUGGGGGGCUAGGGUUUGUGGAGGUGGGGCGGAAUGCGCAAACAUGGGUUGCAACUGAUUGAUUGAGGUGGUGAUUUUUGGGGGUGGAGUUUGCGAGCUUUAUAGCUGCGGAACUGCGAUUACAAUCCCACGAGAAUGGGUGCUGGAAGGAAGACUGAGACUUUUUAUGCUGGAACACCAAGUACACCGGCACGAACCAAUGCAUGGUAUGGGACCUAUUCUGUUGCUGCUCGUAAUCUCCGAGAAGAUGAGCUAGGAGGAGUGAUCUUCGGUUGCAAACACAACACGAUGAAUGAAUGCCUCACUAAACAGUUGUUUGGUUUGCCUUCAGGCCAUAUCUCAUAUGUGAAGAAUGUUAAACCUGGCAUGCCUCUAUUUCUGUUCAAUUAUAGUGACCGAAAAAUGCAUGGAAUUUUUGAGGCUGCAUGUGCUGGCAAGCUUAACAUUGAUCAAUUUGCUUGGAGUGAUGGUGGUAGAAUAAAGACACAAUUUCCUGCACAGGUCCUUGUCUCUAUGAAGACUCAGUGCUAUCCAGUUCCAGAGUCUCACUUCAAAAGUGUGAUCAGUGACAAUUACCAUAGACCUCGGCACUUUUACUUUGAGCUAGACCAUGCACAAACAAGUGCUUUGAUAUCUUUGUUUAAACCUGCCCCUGUUCAUGAUGUUGCAAACAAAUGGGAUCCUUCAAAAUCUCUGCAAUCUCCAACAACCAAAGCAUAUCUUAAUCCUGGCCCAACAAAGUCUGAGUUCUAUACAAAGGAUCUUGAUCCAUUUGGUGUUUCAUCUGAAUCGCACUGUGUUGCCCCUUAUAAGUUGGCUGAUCCAGAAGGUGAAUAUGCUAGUGCUUGUAGAACAUCAACAAUCCACCUUGACAAUGAGUCUUCUAAAUGGGAUGACUUGGAUGAUGCUGCGACCAAGGAAGGAACAGAAUCUGUCAACGACGACCAUCAACAUACCAAUCCACCACGUGAAGAACAGCAUGACACAGUGGCUGUUAGGCAGAAGUUACAAGAACUGUUUGUUUUGCGACAGCAGGAGGCCCAAUCCUCCAAUGGCACUGUUGAUUCUGCUUCAGAUAAAUCAAUGCCUCAAGAAGCACAGUAUGGUGCUGCUCUCCCAACAGACCCACCUGAUUCCACCUCAAAGGCUGAUGCAUCUAUUGAAGACCUGACAUCAUUGGGGAAAUAUCAUGGAAAUGCUGAGCUGCUCCACAUCAUCAAUGAAUUAUCCAAGAGAACCCGAGCAAUGGAGAAAAAGCUGGUUGAGUCGGAUAAAGAAAAACUGUUUCUGAGGGAAUCAGUAAAGGACGCAGAAAGAAAAGUUCAGCAACUGGAAUACAAGUUUGAAAAACUACAAUUAAACUAUAACUCUUUAGCGCCACUCGUUGGUGGACCAUAUGAUAAUGUGGAAGGACCAUCAAUAUUUAUACUGGGUGGCUACAGGGGGAGUACUUGCUUAUCAUCACUGGAUGCCUUUUGCCCCAGAACAGACAGACUAGUGCCAUUAUGUCCAAUGAGCUCAGCCCGUGCAUAUGCAGCUGCUGCUGCACUGAACAAUAAUAUCUAUAUUUUUGGCGGUGGGGAUGGCAGUACAUGGUAUCACUCAGUGGAAUACUACAGCAGGGGAGAGAACCAAUGGAUGACAUGCCCACGCUUGAAACACAAGAAAGGAAGCCUUGCUGGAACUACGCUGAAUGAUAAAAUAUUUGCAAUUGGUGGGGGAGAUGGAUCUGUGGUUUUUUCAGAAGUGGAGAUGUUUGAUCCAGCACUUGGGAGAUGGAUAGACAGUCUGUCUAUGCGGCAAAAUCGAUUUGCUCCUGCUGCAGCUGUAUUUAACGGCUCUCUCUAUGUAACUGGUGGUUAUGAUGGCAAUAUGUACUUACAAUCAGCAGAAAGGUAUGAUCCAAGGGAAGGUUUCUGGGCUCUGCUUCCAAGUAUGAGUGUAAGAAGAGGUUCCCACUCAGUAGCUGUCUUGGGGGAAGCACUAUACGCUGUGGGAGGGUAUGAUGGAAGCAAUAGGAUCUCUACCGUAGAGAUUUUUGACUCACGUGCCAAUUCAUGGAGGAUGGGCAGCCCAUUCAGCAUCGCGAGAGGAUAUGGGUGUGCGAUUACAAUGGAUGAUAAUUUGUUCUACAUUGGUGGCAUCAACGAUGCUGGAGAAACCAUCGAUACUGUGGAAGUUUACAAUGAGAGGCAAGGCUGGUCAGUCUCGGGUUGCCAAUCGGUAGGGGGGAGGGGCUUUGCCUGUGCUAUUGCCGUUUGACAGGACUGCGGGUCUCAUCGUGCCAGUCUUCUCCAGAGUUGUCGAUCAGCCCUUUGCCUGUUCUGUACAUUGCGAUACCUAGGUCAGAGUAUCUUCUCGGCUUCUCCCCAAUAGUCACUGGGUUGAGAAAUUUUGCCCCCUCCUUCCCCCCGUCAACUGAUAUACAGACAAAGCCAUUCCCGUAGUAUAGCACCACCAAAUGGCUAAGGCCACCCGUAGCAUGUUCUGCUACGUGUUCAGGCAGUUUGCUGAUGUUGUGGCGAUUUUGAGAAUCUAUACAUGGUAGGCGAUGAGACGUAGAUGGUGCGGGAGCUAUUUGAAUUCUGAUGUUAGGAGAAGUGAGUUUUGGAGCAUCGUUUUGUUGCUAUGCAAUUGUGGAUAUGAUUGUUGCAAGGGAAUCGUUGGGAUCGCUUUCCAGUUUGUGCCGGUAAACCGAUAGCAUUACUAUUUUCUC